GGAAGCGUUGGCGUCGCAGCCUUAUUAGCUAAGCAAGUACUGGACAAAAGGCGCAAUAUGGAGACCACUCCAGGGCGAUGCACGUGCAUUGCGUUGGUGAGCGGUCUCGUGAUUGUAGGAGCUGCAGCUCUCUCGCUAAUUGUGCUGUUCGCGGAAGUUCAGCAAUCGAUUUGCGAGCCAAAUGCGGCGAAGGGCAGCCACGCCGCCGUUCUCUGCCAGUUUGCGACGGCAGCUAGGCGAUGGCGGGACGGGGAUGAGAAAGGCAGCUAUGGGGAAGACGUCGAGGUGGAAUGGGAUGAAUUCGACGACGAAUUCGAUGAAUUGGAGGGUGAAUCGGCUGUUGAGGCCGAGGAGAACUCGACGGACUCGACAGCUAGCGGUCGACAUGCUCCGCGUGGAAGUGAUGGCCAUCUCAGACGGAGCGGUCAGAACAGUGGUGGGAGCGGUGGAUAUGACGGCUGGCAGUGGACUCAACGAAUGCUACGCCAGAAGUAUCGCAGGCUAUUGGACAUGAUGGCAAACAGGAUCGUGAAUGGACAUGAGGCAAACAGUUCAAGUUUCUUUUACCAAGUGGGAAUUUUAACGGCGGGCUCCCAGAGGUUCUCCUGUGGAGGAACCAUAAUCCAUCCCCAGUACAUUCUCACCGCAGUUGCAGCUCUUCACACAAUUGCUUCUCCCUUGUCCGAUGGGUAGGAAAAGCUGUGCCGCCUGUGCGGACCGUCGCAGCUGUCCUGGCCAGAACUGACGCAG